GCCCAAUAUUUUCCUUCUUCUCUAACGUCUCUAUUAUUAUCAUAUCAUCACUGCUUUUCUACUAUUAUACUAUCAUCAAAAACCGCCAACUCAGAACUACUUUCCACAUUAUUUUUGAGGAUUGGGGGGAGGAAAAGUGGGUUUUAGUGGUUUUUGGGAUUGGUUGAAGAUUGGGUAGGGGGGAGAGAAGAUGGAGUUUGAGGAGACUGAGCUGAGGCUGGGGUUGCCAGGGAAUGGUGGUGGUGGUGGUGGUGGUGGAGAAGGGGAGGUGGUGAGGAAGAGAGGGUUCUCUGAGACGGUGGAUUUGAAGCUGAAUCUGUCAUCAAAAGAUAGUGGUGGUGGUGGUGUGGUGGAUCUGGAUGAGAAGGUGAAGGCUGUGCAGAAGGAGAAGAAUCUUCUUCCUUCUGCUGCUGAUCCGGCCAAGCCUCCGGCUAAGGCACAGGUGGUGGGUUGGCCACCAGUCCGGUCGUUCCGGAAGAACAUCAUGGCCACCCAGAAGAGCAUGAGCGAUGAGAGUGACAAGGGCGCUGCCUUUGUUAAGGUGAGUAUGGACGGAGCACCUUACCUCCGUAAAGUGGACUUGAGGAUGUACAAGACUUACCAGGACCUCUAUGAUGCCUUGGGCAAAAUGUUUAGCUCUUUCACCAUUGGGAAUUGUGGAUCCCAGGGGAUGAAGGAUUUUAUGAAUGAGAGCAAGCUGAUGGAUCUCCUUAAUGGCUCUGAUUAUGUGGCCACCUAUGAGGACAAGGAUGGGGAUUGGAUGCUUGUCGGCGAUGUCCCCUGGGAGAUGUUUGUUGAAUCAUGCAAGAGGCUGCGCAUCAUGAAAGGCACUGAGGCAAUUGGGCUUGCACCAAGAGCCAUGGAGAAAUGCAAGAACAGAACUAAUUAAGCCGCGUCGUCGUCGUCGUCGUCGUCGAUGUGGUCGUCACGACAACCUGCUCCGUUGAUCUUGUCGUCGCUAUAGACAGAGAAAAAAAAGGGAGGCGCAAAGAUGAAUUGAGCAGGUCGUUAGGGUGUGGUUUACGCUGUUCCUAUAUUUUUAUCAGUUAUUACAGACAACAACAAUAAAUAAUAAAAUCUUAUGUCCCGAAAGACUUGUUGUCUCAUGCUGUAUGUGUCGUCUAAUUUGUCUGGUUUAAUUACUGGUAUUAAGGGCGUGCUGUAAACAAUUAAAAUGUACCCUCAAAUAUUUGUAGUAGUAGUGGUUAUUGUGUGCUUUGUUUAAUUUUGUUCCUGAAAUUUUUUUUUUUUUUAAUUUAAUAAUCUCUGGUUCUCCUAGUCAAUGAAAUUCUUUUAUAUUC